AUGUCUGUCCCAGAUCGCAGUCCCCACCAGGUCGUUGGACCAAAUCUAGUGGAUAUGGAGGUCAUGAGAAACCACUCCGAGCUCUUCAGAGCAGAAUGCAUGAGGUUAAUCAUGGAAACGUGCACAGCAUGCAAGCGUAUGCAAAAUGAUGACAACAAGCAACUAGAUCAGCGGGUCAGAGACAUCCAGUUUCUGGAGAAGGAGUUGGAGCUGAAGUUGGAGGAGAUCAUUGUGGAGAUCGACGUCCUCAUAAGGUUGCAGAGCAGAGUGGAGAUAGCCCUGGAGGCCUGCAAAGAGCCUCUGAGAGUCACCAUUGUCUGUCUGGAGGAGAGAAUGAAGCGCCUCCCCUCUGAGAGGCGACAUGACGACGUGGACAGAGAGCUGCUGAAGGAGAGGGAGGUCACCGAGGGAGCGGCCUCCAUCCUGCGGCGCGUGACAGAGCAGAUCACUGAGCAGAUCCGGUUGAGCCGAUCCAUUAAGUACCAGCUGGAGCAGGAUAUGAAGGCGAAAUCUGAGGCUCAAUGCAUCGACAACUCCUGUGCCUUAAUGACCACGGGAUCCAUGGACAACCUGCUGAGGCCCAAAAACAACCAAAUUGUUCUGCCGAGCUUGGCAGUGACUCCAAAGCAGUGGGAGAACAUCUCGGACAUCAACAUAGCCAAAGCGGAGCAGCAGAAGGCCGACUCCCUGUCCCUGAGGGCCCUGGUGGACUCUGUCCUGGAGCAGACGGCCGCCGACAUGCAGAAGCAGGUCCAGGCCACGGCGACGGCCCUCCAGCUGAACGUCCAGGAGAUCAGGUCUGCCAAGAGCCAGAUGGAGGAUCAGCUGGUCAAGAUUCUCUGUGAGUUUGCCAGCCAGCAGAGGAUCAGAGAGGAUCUCCAAGUGGCCAUCGUAGAGAACCAACGUGUGCUGAGUUUGGCCCAGGCCCGCCUGACUUUGCGCCGCCAGAGGCCGGCUAAAGAGCAAUGCCACGAUCCGGCUCAGUCCCAGCUGCUCGCCGAGGUCCAGCAGCUCAACGCUCACAUCAACAAACUGCGUGAGGCAGUGACUCAGUCAGAGGACGAGCAGAGAGCUCUGGUUCGCUGCCAGCUGGAGCUGCAUGAAAACAUGGCGAUCAAGGCCAGCUCGCUCUACAUCGAUGAGGUCAUCUGCGCCCAGCACAGGGAGACUCUCAUCAUACAUAGCUUCUGA